UCUGAGGGGAGGCGGGGGGAGUGGGACAGGGGCCGGUGAGAGGCGGCCACGGGGCUGUGUGUCGGCGGCAGGAUGAAGCUGACCACGCAGGCCUAUUGCAAAAUGGUGCUGCACGGUGCUAAGUACCCGCACUGCGCUGUGAACGGGCUGCUGGUGGCCGAGCGGCCGUCGGGCGCCCCGCGCCGUGACCAGGCUGGGCCCCCCUCGCUCUUCGUCGACUGCAUCCCGCUCUUCCACGGUACCCUGGCCCUGGCGCCCAUGCUGGAGGUGGCCCUCACCCUGAUUGACUCUUGGUGCAAAGAGAAUAGCUACGUGAUAGCUGGAUAUUACCAGGCAAAUGAACGCGUGAAAGAUGCCAGUCCAAACCAGGUUGCGGAAAAGGUGGCCUCCAGAAUUGCAGAGGGCUUUAACGAUACAGCGCUCAUAAUGGUUGAUAACACCAAGUUUACAACGGAGUGUGUAGAGCCUGCCAUUCAUGUGUAUGAGCUUCAUGAGAACAAGUGGAGGUGCAAGGACCCGCACGUUGAUUUUUGUGAAGAUUGGACCGAAGCCCAGAGAAUCGCUGCAUCUCUCUUGGACAGCAAGUCCUACGAGACGCUUGUAGAUUUUGAUAAUCACCUGGAUGAUAUCCGGAACGACUGGACAAACCCAGAGAUCAACAAAGCUGUCCUCCACCUGUGUUAGAGGGGUUUCUACUGACUAAUUAACGGGCAUUCCCACUAUGUACUGAAGAGAGGAAAAAUGCUAUUUUUGAAUGUAAAUAGAAUAAUAUUCAGUACCUUGCGUGGAAACCCGACUGAUUAAAAAGGAGUGGCAUGUCACAUUGCAAAGAGUGAUGUGUCCCAAAGCCAUCUUUUUUGUGAGAUUCCUUGGAAGAACUGCAAACUGUCAGUUACAGCUGUCCUCGUGGAUGCCACCCCCCUUGUAGUGAAUGUUGCUCUUCCUUCAAAACCAGAACUACUUCUGCUUCUCGCUACUGUUCGUAUCACAAAGUUUUGACUAAGCUUUUCUAAUCUUUAGAGAGAUUACUUUUUAACAAUUUAUGGAAUUACCUUUCAAAAAAAAAAAAUCAGUCUUGUCCUCAGAUGAGCAAUUUUAAGGUCAAAUACAUAAAAUGUAAGGUUAGUGGUUUGGAAAUGUCAUUCUGUCGGCACAGUAAAAUGCAAAGGGCUGAGGAUGAUGUACCAUGCUCGUGUGUCACUUGUUUUGCAGUGGUUUAGCAUGACACAGCUCCAGAGAAGGUGUUAAAGCAGUAUUCCCAAACGCUGGGGUGAUUCCCUCUCUCUGUGGGCACACAACCACAGCUGCUGCUUGGGUAUGUUAAACCCAAGGUCAAAAACAAAUGCAUGUAAUGAUUUGUCAAAAAGACUGGAAGCACGCUGAUGAGUCAGAAUGAAAGUUCUAAAAGAGUUUGAGUGUACAAAAGAAGAGGAGGGUGAAAUACCUUGGUAAUUUUAUGCAGUCUGGUGGGGUUUUAUAAACAGAUCUGAUUUUCAACUGGUUCAUACAGUGUCUACUUAAAUAGGUCUAAAAGGUAUCCCUCCACGUUGAAGGCAAGCAAUCUGAGCGUGUUGAAUCAAGGAGCCUAGAUACAGUCUAGUUUUGCUUCUGUCUGUCUUUCUAAUUAACGUUUGGUUCUAAGAAUAAGUUUAUUGGGUAAUGAAGCUUUAUAUCAGACUAGUACAGUCUUGUUGCCUCGUUCCUCAUGGUUGUUUGUCACAGUGUAGUUAAACAUGGCCUCAACCUGCAACGGUUUCUCUAGAUUUCCUUCUCUUCCUAUCCAAAAAUGAUUUUUUGUUGAUUUUUUUUUUUUCUGGUUGAUUUAUUUUAAGAUCCAAAUGACCAGCCUCUCUCCAAGUUCCUGCUUUUUCUUUGGUGUUCUUAUUUUAAAACACGAGGGGUGGGAUUGUCAAAACCUCUUGUUCUACCUCUGCUUCUGUUUAAACAAGCACAAGUUUUUCCUCUUGGGGAGAGACGGGAUGUGGCUGAAAUCCUGUUCUGAAGCAGUGGAUAGAACCAGGACACCUUCAGCUGGGUCCUGCUGAGGACUUCCCUGUGGUUUGGAUGCCACGAGGCAAGGUCUGAGGUUGAGCUCCCUGUCCUAAGGAGGAGGUGAAGAUUUGAAGGGUUGGGUUGGUCUCCCUGCUGUGCGGUAGCAAAGUGUGAUGGGGGUUACAAAAGGGACUGGUGCUUGGUCAAUAGCCUUUCCUAAGUGUGAGUCGGAUACCGCUUGCAGGAAAGGAAAAUGUUUUCACUUGUUCAACGAAAACAUGUAUCUAGCUCACAAGCAGCGAGACAAACACGUUCCUGUGGCUGUUUUACUACACAUCCCUGGCUGUUUGAAAAGAUGUCCCACGGUGUAUGUUCGGCGUAGACUCUGGAAAUGGCCCACGCUGCAGGAAGAGGACUGUUGUGCUUUGUACAAACACCUCCUGAAAUCGAACCGAUUGUUCCAGAGGCAGAUGUUAUCGUGGCAAGAUGUGUUAUGUGUGUUAUGUGAGACUGUCAGCGCUGCCGUAUCCGCUGGUCUGUCUCCUGAGCCACAGGAAAUACAUUUCUUAUUCUCUUA